AAUUCCUUUCUUUAGUGUUUCAUGUAGUUUUUUAUUCUAUAGACUAUGGAGGGAUAAAUAUUUAAUAUAGAAGUAAUAGUAAUUAAAUGAAAGCAUUGAGUUUUGAUUUUGACUUCUCACUCCUUAAACAAUUAAAAGCUUAAAGUUGCUUUUUUCUUUUUGCCAGAGGGUAAUAAAAAUAUAUGAGAACACACUGUAGGUUCUGCUUAAAAAAUUCCAAAAGAAAAGGGAAAAAAGUAAAUGAUAAAAACCUUCUAGUGGGGUGGCAGGAGGGUAACUGGCAGAGAAAUUAUCAAUUCCAGAAGAGAAUGUCCACAUAAUUGGCUAAACACCUUAAUGAAUGCCAUCCAAGAUUGUAAAAAUAGAUGGCAUUGAUUCAGCAUAGAGCAAAGUUAGCUGACAUUAACCACACCCUUUUCUAAAAUCCAGUGAUGCUCUUGGAAUUGGGAUCUAUGAGAAUUGCCUUGAAUUAAAAAGGUGCCAUGGCUAGGCUUCAAAUGCAAUCUUAUUUGAAAGAAAAAUAUGAAUGGUUUUCAUUCUUUUGUCUAGUUGAAAGCAAUGAGUGUCAUGCCACAAACACUGGUUUUUUACUUUUUGCUUUACCACCAUUUGUCUGUCAAAGCACAGACCAUGCUGCAUGUCUCAUUUUAACCAAUGAACAGUGGGAACUGCCUAGUGCUAACAUCAUAUCCUCUGUCAAAAACGUUUCUAGAUUCUUCUUGCAGUACAUUACUUUUUACCAAAUUACAUUGAUACACCGAGAUUUCUUGAGAUUUUACAUAACUAUUGCUUUUUUAACGAUUACCAUAACUCCUUAUAGAAGAAUAUUAUAUAAUGUGUUUCUUAGGUUACAGAGGAUAUUAAUGUAAUGUAUUUCAAGCAUUUACGAAUAAAAAAGAAAAGGGUAUUACAAGAAUUUUGAUAAAAUCUUAGGGGUGUCGUAGUAAUUUACUCAUUUUUUUUAAUUAUUUGAAAAUUGAAGCAAAUCUCAUGCAAAACGUGAAUGGCUGGAUGAUUUUAUUAAAUAAAUCUGUACUGUACUCUUUCAGUAAUUCCUGACUUAAAUUGAAAAGAAAAGAGAAACAGAUUGAAGAAAGGAGAAAAGGUUGGCUUCCACCUUUCUUGAUUCCUACAUGCUUAAUGGGGAAUAAGAUAAUUGAGAUGACCAUAGCAGUGGACCACUCUGGACCUAUUAAAAGUUUAAACUGGAAAAAAAAGUACAUUAGCUAAUAUUUCAAAAUUCUCUAUAGGCACGGUGAAAGUGACUUAACAAAGUAACCACACAAGAAUUUAUCGGUAUUAUUUGCCUUCGGUUAGGAAGCUUUUGGUAACAUUAGUUUUAAGCCCGGUGCAUCACUUUCUCAAGGAUUUUCAUAUCAUUGUCUGGACAAAGCCACGUAUCUUUAUAUACAUGGAAUCAAAAGUGUAUCUUCUAAAGAGAUUGAGGCGUGUAUUAGUACAUACAGUAUAUGUUUCGUGAUUUAUAUACACUUUUGAGCCAAAUCUGAGCCACUGUAAAAGCUCUAAUGAUUUGUGUUGGCUCACCUAACACUUAAUUCCCAACUUCCAAACAUUGCAUAAACAUGCUUUACCACUAUCCAUUCUCUGGCCUAGACCCAACCGUCAAGGAACUGCAGAGGCAGAAUAGCAGAAACAGAAGUGCAUGUCAUUUUGCAAAACUCUCUAAGGUCUAAGCAAUUGUUAUUCUUGGCGGAUCAUGACGGCAUAAACUGGAAUUUGGUUGUUUAUUUUUUACUACUUUAAUAUGUGGACGACAUCAUCUUCAAUGAAUUGAAGGGCUUUCAGGAUUGCAUAUAAAAAUCAAUGUGAUUGGCAGUGGCAGAACCUUGGCAAAAUAAAUAGAAGUUGAGGUUUUGAAGUAGAGGUUUUUUUUCUUCUGAAGAUUUGGUAAUACAUAACAACAAAUAAAAAUGAAGUUCAUGAAACUUGGGACAAAGGCAGAUACAUUCUACACUGAACAAGCUACCAGGACUCUGAUAUCAGAGAUAGCUGCAGACCUUGUGAUACAAAUCAAUGACAUCACUUAUCUGUUACACAAGCUGCAGUUUCCGCUUCUUCCCAAAUGUGGCCUUCUGCAAAGGCUUUGCUAUGAUACUAGUGAUUCCGAGAGUGUCUCUCUGGAGCUUCAUGAUAUACCUGGAGGAGAAGAUGCUUUUGAACUCUGUGCCAAGUUUUGUUACGGAAUUGCUAUCAACAUAAGUGCACAUAACUUUGUACCUGCUCUCUGUGCUGCCAAGUUCCUCAGAAUGAACGAUUCCAUUGAGAAGGGAAACUUUGUAGGAAAACUUGAAUCUUUCUUCAAUUCAUGCAUCCUUGAAGGUUGGAAGGAUUCCAUAGCAACGCUUCAAACUACUGCUAACUUACCAGAGUGGUCUGAGAAUCUUGGUAUUGUCAGAAAGUGCAUUGAUUCAAUUAUUGAGAAAAUUCUCACACCCCCACCACAGGUCAAAUGGUCCUACACCUACACCAGACCAGGUUACACCAAAAAACAACACCAUUCUGUGCCAAAGGAUUGGUGGACCGAGGAUGUUUCUGAUCUUGACAUAGAUCUUUUCAGGUGCAUAAUAAUGGCUAUUAGAUCAACCUAUGUGCUCCCUCCACAGCUUAUCGGAGAAGCUUUGCAUGUCUACGCCUGCCGGUGGCUACCCGGCAUCACAAAGCUUAAAAGUUCUGGAAGUUCAGCAUCUCAAACAGAAGAAUCUAAGGAGAAAAACCGCAAAAUUCUUGAAACAAUUGUAAGCAUGGUUCCUGCAGAUAGAGGGUCUGUUUCUGUUGGCUUCUUGUUUAGGCUUCUCAGCAUUUCAAUUCACCUUGGUGUCUCCUCGGUCACAAAAACAGAACUAAUAAGGAGAGCCAGCCUACAGUUUGAGGAGGCAACAGUGAGUGACUUGCUUUACCCUUCAACAACAUCCUCUUCUGGCCAGAAUUAUUAUGAUACAGAGUUGGUUCUAGCAGUGUUGGAAACUUUCUUGAAGCUUUGGAAAAGAAUGUCCCCGGGGGCUGUGGAUAACAGCUACUUUUUGAGAUCGAUCAGAAAUGUUGGCAAGCUCAUUGAUUCCUAUCUUCAAGUGGUCGCAAGGGAUGAUAACAUGCAAGUGUCAAAGUUCGUGUCUCUUGCUGAAACUGUGCCCAGUAUUGCCCGUGAAGAGCAUGAUGAUCUUUACCAAGCAAUUAACAUCUAUCUUAAGGUGCAUCCUGAGAUGAGCAAGGCAGAUAAGAAGCGACUGUGUGGGAUUCUAGACUGCCAAAGAUUGUCCCCAGAAGUGCGUGCCCAUGCGGUAAAAAACGAGCUUCUGCCAUUAAGAACCGUAGUGCAACUCCUCUACUUUGAACAAGACAAAGGGUCUAAGGCAACCACCAGUCACAAACUUGCAAAGCCACAUGAGAUACUUCUGGGAGCAAAGCAUAGACCAGCUACAAGAGAUCAUACCCAAAGCAAACAAUCUUUAGGCCUAACUAAAGAAGAAUUCAACGGAGAAGAAAUUAGAGAAAAGGAUCACCACAAAACUAAAAGAUCAGAUGGUAAGUUGGCAUUGGACUUGGAAAAAAAGAUGGUCAUGAGAGGAGACAUUGAGGAGACGCAGUCUGAGAAGGCCAGAGGAGUCAAAGAUGAAAGUAGUUCAAGCUGCAAGGUGGACUUGGAUCCCAAAAGAAUCAUAAGAAGGGCAAGAAGUAAAUCUGAACAUGGCGUGAAAAAGUAAGAUUGAGAUCACCGUAAUAACAAUAAUAAUAAUCUUUCAUGAAUUCCUAGAAAAUCACUGUCUGCGAUCUGUAACUUCAAUUCUUAUUAUUUCUUCUUUACCUUGUCAUAAAUGUAAGCAAUGUAUAAAUCCUUUUGUACUAUCUCUUUCCCUAAAGAGUUGUAUCUAGGGAAAUUAUUUUUUUACAUUGAAAAUGUGUAUUAAAAAUGUUUUUAGUAUUUUAUUAUUAAAAAAUGAUAAACAAAAAAAUAUAUAAAGUAACUUUGUCUUUUUGACCAAGGGGUCUAUGUUACAAAUGCACUUGAACUUUCAGGUCA